AUGGACGCUAUCACAUCUAUGGGAUCCAGCUCACUGUCUGGCCUGUCUGAACGGUUCAACCUCGAGCGACUAAGAACUGAGGGCGCGAAUCUCCAGAACCGAUUUGCCAAUCUCAAGUCCCCCACCGACUUCUUCGAUUUCCGACGAAUUUCCAAGCCCCCGACCUGGGGCGAAGCUCAAGCUCGAAUCAACUUCAACCUGGGAUACUUCAGCACCAACUAUGCCAUCAUUUUCGGUCUCCUUUCUCUCUAUUCUCUCCUCACCAACUGGCUGCUGCUGUUUGUUAUCGGUUUUGUUUUCCUUGGUCUGUACGGAAUUUCGUUUCUUGGAGGAUCUGACCUCAACCUUGGCUUCACGACUCUUACUUCCUCCCAGCUUUACACUGGUCUCAUGAUUGUCGCCAUUCCCCUUGGAUUCUUCGCCUCUCCUAUCAGCACUGUGCUUUGGAUUGUUGGCUCUUCUGGUUUCCUCAUCCUUGGCCAUGCUGCCCUGCUCGAGAAGCCCAUCGAGUCAGCCUUUGAGGAGACCGUCUAA